AUGAAAACUUCACCAUCAUCGAGAUUAAUAAAGAUUACAGCAAGUAUUAUAGACAUUAGAUUAGAUUAUUCUGUAUUUUAUCAAAGCAAGACGUUUUAUUUUUAUUAUUACUUAACUGGCGCAGUCGGAGGUCAAGUUUGCGAAUCUCUGAGAUCCGACGGAAUAUCGGAACAUGAAGACACCGAGCCUAAUAAUUUGAUAAGAACAGAAAACGAUUUACGUGUGCAUAGAAAGAAAAAUUUAUCAAACCUAAGUAGUUAA